GUUUUUCUAUUCUUUUUACCUUGUCCUUGUAGUUUUUGUUCUGUACUGAAGUCUGAAAAUACAGCAGGUGUCUGUUCAUAUAUACAACUUCACCGAUUAAACAAACCAAAUUUUCCGGCCAUUAGCAUCGCUUUCCGGUGAAAUUGGCUAAUCUCUAAGCUUUCCGGCCAGAUCUGUUAAAUGUUGAAUAACUGAAGGUAGAAUUUGGAGUUUCAAAAAAAAUUUGGUAAUUUUUUAAUGUUACUUUGCGUGAGAUUUUGAGAUUGCAUUUUGUAUUAACAUAAGAAAAUGGAGGAUAGUGUGAGAUCAGGGGGUGGUGUAUUGAAGAAAAAAAGCUCAUCUGGCUGUUUAAUUAUUAAAAGGAAAGAUGAUAGGUUGGGCAUAGGAGGGAUCAGUUCUUCAGGGGCUUCACAGAAGGUGAAGAACAGGCCUAAGUUGGUAAUGAAUGAGUAUGAGUCGAGUGAGGAGAUAUCAGAGUCAAUUCAGCGAAAAAAUGGUCAAGUUUUUAGUAAUGGUUCUGUUUUUUAUGGAAGAAGUGGUGUUAGAGAUGGUGAAUUUGGUAGAAAUAUGAAUUUGUCCAAUUUCAACAAGCAUGAAGAAUGUGAUACGAAAAUGCAAUCGAAUGUGUAUGGUGAUGAUAGAUUUAACAUGGUUGAAAGAAGAGGGGGUUCGAGAGAGUUUGGUACUGAGUCUACUAGUGUAAUGGUUGAGAAGAGGAAGCUUUCAUAUAUGGAUAUUUCAAGUAGUUUUUCCGGUAGUAGGUCAAAGGGAGAUGGCGGUGGAUUUAAGAGAAGGUGUGGUUUAUUAGACGAUGGAGUGCAUAUGCCCAUGUCAUUGCCAAGAGAAGCCUCUCAUGAAUCAAUCAGAUUGCAAGGGAAAAAUGGGGUAUUAAAGGUUAUGGUGAAUAAGAAGAAGAUCGACUUCAGGCCCAAGGAAUAUGAUCCUGUGGAAAUUGAAGGUAGAAAAGGUUCUUCGUCGGCAGAUGUUGUCAAAAGGAAUUUUCAAGUCCGUCCAUCCUUUUACUGGGGUCCUAAACGACCUGAAAAGCAACCUUUGUUAUUUCAAACAGAGGGAAAUGAGCUGAAACCGCAAAAACCUUUGUCGGGUAAAAGCACCCAUUUAGUGGCCUCUGAAAAAGAUGAGACUGAUACGUCACUAAAGUUGGCACCUCCUAGUUUGCAGCCUGCUAGCUCAGCAAUGUGUGUGCUGAAGGAAGAAAGCAGGCCGUUGGCGUCUGAAGAUGUUACCCCUGCUAAAAGAAAAGAUGGGAAAGUGAAUCGAGGUGGGAGCACUGAGAAGCAGAAGUUGCGAGAACGAAUAAGAGGAAUGCUCAUUGAAGCUGGAUGGACCAUUGAUUAUAGACCAAGAAAGAACAGAGAAUAUCUGGAUGCAGUGUACAUUAAUCCUAGUGGAACAGCCUAUUGGUCAAUAAUUAAGGCCUAUGAAGCAUUUCAAAAACGAUCUGAGGUAGAUUCAGGUAAAAGCAAACCUGAUGGCAGCUCUUGUUCAUUUGCUCCAAUAUCAGAUGAUUUAAUUAAUAAACUUACCAGGCAAACAAGGAAAAAAAUUGAGAAAGAAAUGAAAAAGAAAAGAAAAGACGAUGACCAGAGACAAGAUCCUAAACAGACUUUUGUGAAUGAGUCUGUGUUGGGCAUAUGCAGUGAUCAGCGUGAGAAGAAGUUCAAUAACUAUAUAAUGAAGACAGAUAAGUUGCUGCAAGGAAAAUUACAUGCAUCAGACCAGGAGAGUGGGGAUAAUUCAAGUGAUAACUCAUUGAAGGUAAGGAGACUUGUGCAGGAUAUGGCUGGAAAAGCAUCUGUUGGAGUUGCUUCUAAUUCAAUACACGGAAGAAGAAGUAAAUUAAUUGGACGAUGUACAUUGCUGGCCCGUCAUUCUGACAAGGGGGAAUAUUCAGAUAGUGAUGGAUAUGUUCCAUAUACUGGAAAAAGAACCUUGUUGUCCUGGUUGAUUGACUCCGGAAUAUUAAAGUUGAGACAGAAGAUUCAAUAUGUGAACCGUAGAAAGACAACAGUAAAAUUAGAAGGUUGGAUCACACAAGAUGGUGUCCACUGUGGUUGCUGUAGUAAAAUCCUUCCAGUUUCAAGAUUUGAGCUCCAUGCAGGAAGUAAACGACAUCAACCAUUUCAAAACAUUGUUUUAGAGUCUGGAGCUUCCUUACUAGAGUGCUUGGUUGACGCAUGGAAUCAACAGAAAGAGUCUGAUCGCCAGAAUUUCUACAAUAUAGACAUUGACGGUGAUGAUGGUGAAGAUGAUGUUUGUGGUAUUUGUGGUGAUGGUGGUGACCUUAUCUGUUGUGAUGGUUGCCCAUCAACUUUUCAUCAGAGCUGUCUAGGAAUACAAAUACUUCCUACUGGCCUUUGGCAUUGUCCAAGUUGCACUUGCAAAUUUUGUGGGGCUGCUAGUAGAAACCCUGCUGAGGAUAGUGAGACAGUAGUCCACGAAUUUCUUUCUUGCAGCCUCUGUGAGAAAAAAUAUCAUAAAUCAUGCAGUUUGGAGAUGAAUGCUUUACCUGCUAUUUCCAAUAAUCCAUCUGGUACAUUUUGUGAGCAGAAAUGCCAGGAGCUGUAUGACCAUCUACAGAACAUUCUUGGUGUCAAACAUGAACUUGAAGCAGGAUUCUCAUGGUCCCUGAUUCAAAGAACAGAUUUGGACUCAGAUACUUCUCAUUACCCCUUUCCUCAACGGGUGGAGUGCAAUUCUAAGCUAGCUGUUGCACUGGCUGUUAUGGAUGAAUGUUUCGUACCCAUUGUCGACAGGAGAAGUGGGAUAAAUAUUAUUCACAACGUUCUCUACAACACUGGCUCAAAUUUAAGUCGGCUGAAUUUCCGUGGCUUCUACACUGCAAUUCUGGAAAGAGGUGAUGACAUAAUAUCUGCUGCAUCUAUAAGGAUCCGUGGAACUCAACUUGCAGAAAUGCCAUUCAUUGGGACCAGGAAUAUAUAUAGGCAGCAAGGGAUGUGUCGUAGACUUUUUGAUGCUAUUGAGACAGUCCUCUCUACUUUAAAAGUUGAGAAGUUAAUCAUUCCUGCUAUAUCUGAGCAUCUGCAUACUUGGGCCAAGGUUUUCGGAUUCGAUGAACUUGAGGAAUCAAACAAGCAAGAAAUGAAAUCCAUCAGUAUGUUGGUGUUUCCUGGUACAAACAUGUUACAAAAGAAGAUACUGAAGAAAGAUGUGCAAGAGGCUUGUGUGUUACAGCAAAGUCAUCCUCCAUCGCCUGUUUUGGUUGAAAAAACGGAUCAGGAAUCAUCUCUCAGGCGUGGCGGACAUCUGCAUGAUGGCGUAUGUGUGAACAUCGUCGAAAAACCUGAUGACAGGUUAGGUCCAAUGGAUUCUGACUCUCCAGUUUCUGCCAUUCAGCUAAGUGAUAGCAGUGUGGUUAGAGCAGAAGGUGGUUGUUGCAAGUCAGACACCCAAGUUUCCAGUAAGGAGGUGGAGAAGAAUUUUGCUGAAUCAGCCACAAAGUGGAUGCUCUCUUCUCCUCCAUAUGGCACAAGUGACAGCAGGCCUGAUACUGAAGAUGCAGCACUAGGUCCUGGAAACAUUGUCAACUCUGCUGAAGUUUCUUCUGGGAACAUGUCGGCAGUAAAAUAGAUUGAAGAUGCUUCUGAUCGUUCUGUCCACUAAUAACACCGGAAAGAUAUUUGGGUGGUUUCUGUAGAUAGCUGUUUUCUAGACCCUGCUGUCCAAAGUGCUUGAAAAGAAGUCAGCAGCAAUAGACAUAUACCUUGACCCCCUGUGGAUUUGGUAAGGCCUUUACAGUCUUACUCAGUGUAAUUAACCAAAGCAUAUAUGAUGUGGUAAUGAGCUACAUGUGGCUCCAAAACAAGCUUCCGAUUCUAAAUGCACUAGUGAUGCAAUUUAUGAAUGAGGGCAAUUUGGAUUCCUCUGCAGUCAGAAUUAGUGGAGAAGUUUCUUUUCAAAAAGCUGCAAUUCAUUCAUCAAAUGAAACUUCUCGCCAUUUACUGCUUUAGCGAAUAAUGCAAAUCAUCAACUUGGCUCUUCUGGAUCUAAAUCCUUUUGAUAACAGUUUCUGAAGCCAAAAGUUUCUCUUGUUGAGAGGAUUGUCCAAUUUUCUGAUCCUGGUUAGGCAAAAAUAUUGAAGUAAUUGUGAUAGACUUUUGUCACUGUUUCUUGUUCUGCUGAUGCUUCUGCACAACUUGGUGGUGAUGAAAAGAUUGAGAAAUAUGCUUUUGUUAGCGUUCUAAUCAUACUAGUUAUGUUGUUUGGAGCUGUUUGGGUUGGUUUUCUGUUGAACUGAUUCUUGAUGCUUCCUUGAGAGCUUUGUCUAAAUUGUGCAAGAGGCUGUUUGUAGCCGGGUAGUAAAAAUUACUCAGCAAGGGUAUUGGACUAAUUGGUCUAAAUUAUAUGCUAGUUUCCAUGUGAUCUAAGUGGAAGUUGAAAUCAAGUUGGCUGGCUAUGGUGGCUUUUGAGCAACACAAUGGCGAUGUAUGUGAUGGCGUGACGAGAAAUGAAUUCAAUUGUUUUGUUGGAACAUGUUUCUUGUGUUGCCGUCUAGACAGAUUAUUACUUUACUAUAGUUAGUCAGAAGAUGCUUGGGUGAAAAUUUUGGAGAACUCCGCCGACUUUAUCGGUAAAUGAGAUUCUGAAUGUACAUUAGAUGAUCCAACAUUCAGUUUUCAAGGUCCUUGAGAUCAUUGAAAGGAUAGUUUCAUCCACAUCUGGUUCAAUUUUUGUUUCUCUCUUUGAAGGCCUUUUUCUGAUAUGAUAUGAAGCAGAAAAAACUAGUGUAUAAAGUAUUCAUACUAAAAUUGCUUUAGGAUGUGGAUGUUGAAAUCUUUUAUAUAAAUAUUAUUUGUUGGCAUUGCCAUAAACAUUCUCGUUCAUAUAAAAUCUCUUUUGUUUUCA